CAGGAAAAAAACUACUGAAAUGAAUAACGACAUACGUGAUAUAAAACAAAGAUUACAGAAAGACGACAAGCAAGAACUGUUAAAGCAAAUAGAAAACAAAGAGCUUGAAGAAAUACAAGAAUUGAAAAACAGACAAGAGGUAAUAAAAGGAAGCCUGACGGAGCAAUCAGAUGAGAUUAAAAGAAACAGACGUUCCUUGAUAAAAGAAAAUGAUGAGAUUAAAAGAAACAGACGUUCCUUGAUAGAAGAAAAUGGUCGCAUUACUGAACAACUGGUAUUCAAGGAGGCACAAUAUAACACAAGACAUAGUCUUUUCCCGAUGGAAGGACAAGAUAACAUAAGAUACAGUCUUUCCGUGGUGGACGCAAGAAAUAACACAGGGCACAGUCUUUUCUCGAAAGAAGAACAAAACCAGGCACAAAAUAAAAGCCAUUGACGAGUACAUAAAGGAAGACCUGGUGAAUAAUGGAAUCUUUUCAAGUGUCAUAAUGCAAGGUCAGUGCAAUUAUGCAAUUAUUUAUCAAUACAAUUACAUUAAUAUAAGAUUUUUACGAAACACCGUUAAGAUAUCGCCUGAGAACGUGUUGCUCUAAAUUGUGCAACCUGUAAUAUAACAAAUGAUUUUAGCUUAUGACCAUAUGUGAGACAAACUUACUCAAAUUAAUAAAUUUACAAAAUGUAUACAACUAGAUAUUUUAUGACCGUCCUACCUAGUAGCAGAAUAUGGUUAUGUUUGUUUUCUUUAAUUUGAAGAAUGUUAUUAUUUUAACAUUCAUUGAAAGUAUUGCUCUAAUAUAUUUUAAAAGAAAUAAGUUAUAUCUUAGAUAAGAGUUUUAGCCUCCUAUCCUAUCCAAGUUCUGGGCACGAAUACUAUCGAUAGUAGAAAAUCGCAACUGUAGAAAAAACUCAACAGUACCAUAAAACGCCAGAACGAUAAAAACGCCAAAACA